AUGGCGGACAAACCUCUGACAUUGUUCGUGAAGCUGUUUGCCGCUGGGUUUUACGGUGUGAGCUCGUUUCUCAUCGUCGUGGUGAACAAAAGUGUCCUCACCAACUACAGGUUCCCUUCUUCAAUAUGUGUCGGAAUUGGACAAAUGUUGGCCACAGUGGUUGUGCUGUGGGUGGGCAAGGCUGCGAGGGUGAUCAGCUUCCCAGACUGUGAUGAGAGCAUACCUCGUAAGACGUUUCCUCUACCUCUCCUUUAUGUGGGAAAUCAAAUCACUGGUCUGUUUGGAACCCAAAGGCUGAAUUUGCCGAUGUUUACUGUCCUCAGGAGGUUCUCCAUCUUGUUCACAAUGCUGGCUGAGGGACUUUUGCUCAAGAAGAAAUUCUCCAGGCCUGUCCAGCUCACAGUAUUUACAAUGAUCCUCGGGGCGUUUAUAGCCGCAAGUGCUGACUUGUCCUUUGACCUGCAUGGCUACGUGUUCAUUCUCCUGAACGACGUGCUGACUGCAGCCAACGGAGCCUAUGUGAAACAAAAAUUAGAUGCGAAGGAGUUGGGGAAAUAUGGAUUGUUGUAUUAUAACGCAUUAUUUAUGAUCCUUCCCACUCUACUGUUGGCUCAUGUGACUGGAGAUAUGCAGAAGGCAGUGGAAUAUGAUGGUUGGUCAGAUGUGUUUUUCCUCACCCAGUUCAUCCUCUCUUGCAUCAUGGGGUUUGUUCUGAUGUAUUCCACUGUGCUUUGUACACAAUACAACUCUGCAUUAACAACUACGAUUGUGGGCUGCAUCAAGAAUGUCCUGGUGACAUACAUCGGGAUGGUGUUCAGUGGAGACUACAUCUUCUCUUGGACUAACUUUAUAGGUUUGAAUAUCAGUAUUGCGGGCAGCCUGGUGUACUCCUACAUCACUCUCACGGAGGAGCAGUCCAACAAAGCAAGUGAAAACACCAAGCUGGACAUCAAGGGCAAAGUGGUUGUAUGACAGAAACACUGGAUUUUCUUAUUUUUAUGCUGAUGAACAGGAAAACUCUAUUUUUAGUAGAACCUUUAUUUAUGGAGUAUUUUAGCAGCAAAGGUGUUGACUGAUGGGAAUGGUGCUGUGUCCGUUUCCUUUCCAUGUUUGUGUGGAAAUGGAGCCACGCCGUCCCCAUGACUCUCUUGCCGCUGCCAUGGUUACGAACCCUCCAGAGGGAUUGUGGGUUGAUUUUUUAGAUGGUGUUUUCUUUUUAAAUAUUUGUAUUUUGAUACUGUACAUGUGAGCAUUGAGAAGAAGGGAAACAUGGAACCAAUAUUAUUUAUGUUACAUCAUUUCCUGACAUAAAGACAAACUGAACGUUAAAAGUUAGAUGUUGGAAUGAUGCAAUGUUUCCUAAACGCAGGAUUGAACAGCUGGAAUGAUCAUUUGUUUUAAGCAUGGGUGUGUACUGACGAAUCGUGGGAAUAGUAAGUAAUGGUUAUUUUAAAGGCACAAUCCUUAUUUCGUAUUGCCUUUUCUGGUUUGCUGUUAACAAGGGAUGUAACUUAAGAUGCAUUCUAAGCACAGCGAGAUGCACUGACACUCUAUCUGUUGUUUCAGUUUUUAGUCAUGUACAUUUCUUUUGAUUUUUGCGCAUACACUGUUAAAAGCUUGUUACAGACGAACGGUAAUGACAGUGAUCUAACCUCAUCCUUUAAACAACCAAAGUGGAUGGGCAGUGGGCUGUCGGUUCCCAUCAAGGAUUGUGGCUUUAAAUAAUGUUGCUGCCUCCUUUGGGGAGAUAAUUUAAGAUUACAGUUUACAUGUUGCUCUCUCAGUAUUACAGAAUUGUUGUUGUGGACUCUCAAAGGCUGUAACUGGUUCUCUCUUUGCAGAACUAACAAACAGUACUUAUGGUUCAUUGGUACAAGGGGAUCCAUUUCUUAUUUUUUCUUGACACGUUAUCGCACUUUUAACUGAGGUUGUACCUGCAAAAAGGGUGAAACCAAAUUGCCUCACCUCCUGUUAUGUUCAUUGUUGAGAUUGAGAUUAUUGUACUUUCCUGAAAUGUAUGUUUCAAGCAAGAGAAACAUGGUUUUCUAAAACUUUUAGUCAGGUACAAGUGUUGUCUUUUCUUUUCAGUUUUUUACAUUUUUAUCUACAUCAUUUUAUAUUUAUUACUUUUUUUAGACAAAUUCCUUUUGUAGGUGGAGUAACUUGUUGAUUGCUGAUCUCAUCUCAAACACAGUAACCAUGGAUUUGUAGCAAUGAUGUAUUUUUACAUUAAAAAAAACUUGACAUGACGUA